AGUGGGAUCUGGAUCGGAGCGGCUGCAGUCAGUUCUCUUCAUCACUCUCGCGCGUACGGCCAUUUUCCUUCAGCUCGAGAAGAUAGUUCCCGCAGACAUGGCCGACUACUCUAACGUGGCUCCACCGUCCUCAAACGCCGGUGGAGGGAUGAACGAUGCUUUUAAAGACGCCCUUCAGAGAGCCAGACAAAUAGCUGCAAAAAUAGGAGGUGAUGGUGUACCCCCCUCUCCAUCAUCCAAUGAGUUUGGUUAUGGUGGACAGAAGAGACCUCUUGAAGAUGGAGAUCAACCAGAAACCAAGAAGAUUCCACCAAGUGAUCCUUUUUCAUCUGUAAUGGGAGGCAUGGGUGGCCCACCAAGGUCUAUAUCAGAAGAGUUCAAGGUUCCAGAUGGCAUGGUUGGCUUCAUUAUUGGAAGGGGAGGAGAACAGAUUUCAAGAAUACAGCAGGACUCGGGUUGCAAAAUACAGAUUUCUCCCGACAGUGGUGGCAUGCCUGACAGGUCAGUGACAUUAACAGGCUCACCUGAUGCAAUCCAGGCUGCAAAGAGUUUGCUCACAGAGAUUGUCGAGAAAGGUAGGCCUUCUCCAGCAUUCCACCACAAUGAUGGACCAGGGAUGUCUGUUCAGGAGAUCUUGGUCCCUGCCUCCAAAGCUGGUCUGGUCAUUGGAAAGGGAGGAGAAACAAUCAAACAGUUACAGGAACGUGCGGGGGUCAAAAUGGUCAUGAUUCAAGAUGGACCCCAAAACACAGGGGCUGAUAAACCACUCAGAAUCUCUGGCGAUCCUUUUAAAGUUCAGCAAGCUAAAGACAUGGUGAUGGAUCUGAUCAGAGAUCAGGGUUUCCGGGAACAGAGAGGAGAGUAUGGUUCUAGAGUAGGCGGUGGAGACAGUCUGGAUGUCCCUGUGCCAAGGUUUGCAGUGGGAAUUGUGAUUGGCAGGAGUGGUGAAAUGAUCAAGAAGAUUCAAAAUGACACUGGUGUGAGGAUUCAGUUCAAACCAGAUGAUGGCUCCACACCAGAGAGGAUCGCUCAGAUUAUGGGGCCUCCAGACAGGGCACAGCACGCAGCAGAUAUCAUAACUGACCUGCUGAGGAGUGUGCAGACUGGAGGCCCCCCUGGUCACGGGGGCAGAGGGAGGGGCCGUGGACAGGGAAACUGGAACAUGGGCCCUCCUGGAGGCCUGCAGGAAUUCACUUUCACUGUGCCUACCAUGAAGACUGGCCUCAUUAUCGGCAAAGGGGGUGAAACCAUUAAGAACAUCAGCCAGCAGUCAGGAGCCAGGAUAGAGCUACAAAGAAACCCUCCACCUAAUUCGGACCCUAAUAUAAAGAUCUUCACAGUCCGUGGAUCACCCCAACAGAUUGAUUACGCCAGACAGCUGGUCGAGGAGAAGAUUGGAGGUCCAGUUAGCCCUAUGGGUGGCCCUCAUGGUCCUCCUGGGCCCCACGGAGGUCCUUCUCAUGGCCCUCCCGGUCCACCAGGACCACCUGCUCCCAUGGGCCCAUACAACCCUGGGCCCUAUGGCCAGGGCCCUCCUGGACCACAUGGUCCCCCAGCACCAUACCAGCCUCAAGGCUGGGGCAAUGGAUACCCUCAGUGGCAGCAAGGACAGCCAGAUCCCAAUAAAGCAGCGGCUGAUGCUAAUGCGGCCGCAUGGGCAGCCUAUUAUUCUCAGUACCAGCAGCAGCCACAGGGCCCCAUGACACCAACAUCAGCAGCCCCUGGCACAUCCCAGACCAAUGGACAAGGUCAAGGACAGCCUCAGCAGGACUACACAAAGGCAUGGGAAGAGUACUAUAAGAAACAAGGUCAAGCUGCGCCUCAGGCGGCUGCAGCAGCGGCGGCGUCUCAGCCAGGAGGUCAGCCAGAUUACAGUGCAGCGUGGGCAGAAUAUUACCGCCAGCAGGCAGCGUACUACGGCCAAGGCGCCCCUCAGGCGAUGGGAGCUGCACCCCAGGCUCAGCAGGGCCAGUAAUGUGAAGUGGACAUAAAGUAAAUGCUACAUUGUCAGAAAAAACCUUUGUUAAAUGUUUGGAUGCAGACGCCAUGAUGAAGAUCUUUAUUUCAUUGGUUUGAGUGUUUAAGCUAGAUCGCAGACCAGCUCCAAAGUCAAGUAUAUAUAUAUAAUUUUUUUCCUUUUUGUUUUGCCACUCUUGUAAAUGAACGGUUUGUUUUUAGUCGGGUAAUUUUGGUCAUUCCAGCUCCUGUAUCUCCUGUAUCUCAUGUAGUUCUGAGACUAAACUAUAGUCAUUUCCAUGUAAAUUAUCUCAGUUUUAAUAUGAUAUGCCUGUUGUGUUUUGCAAUAAAACAAUGAAACCUCCUGUGUUGGUAAGUGGGGUGCAAAAGUGGGGAAUGUUUUGUAAAAAUGUCAUUAACAGUUUUGGGACAUGGGGGUUUAUGCAAAUUUACAGAACAAA